CCUCUUUAUUGCAGACUGACCAUAAAAGCAAGAUGCCUGAUGCAACUUCAGAAAUUCCCAAUGGACAUGCAGCAAUGUCCACUCCAUCUCAUCAGUUUUGGUUACACGGAAAAUGAAGUCCUCUACAAAUGGAGAUUUGGUGCCGAGAGAGCUGUCGAUGUAAACGCUGGAAUGACGUUGUCCCAAUUUGACCUCACGGACAUGCCUGCUUGGAAUGGAACGACCGUCUUCAGAGAAGCUCUCCAUUCUAUGCUCAGUGUCAACUUCCAUCUGAAGCGUCACAUGGGAUUCUUCCUGCUCCAAGUCUACGUACCCUGUACCCUGCUGGUGGUGGUGUCGUGGGUGUCGUUCUGGAUCCACAGGGAGGCCACGUCUGACAGAAUAGCCCUGGGUAAGUGUCAACCUGCCACUCCUAUUUCAACCCCUUACAAUCACUAA